AUGAGAAAAUAUCGAUUUCAAAAAGAACGAACGAAAGCCUAUAGCAAACGACUGAAAUCGGAGAACUGUCCUUCCGUCUGUCGUCCGUCCCUUGGCGACCAUCUCCCUCCUCAGUUGUUCGCCUGCUCCCUGCUCGUCACCGCUGUCGUCGCCACCCCUAUGCGUGACCUCAAGCCAGACAGACACUCGUCGAUCGAUCAGAGGGCACGAAAUGCGUUUGCGCUGAGGUCAUGCAGCACAGCUGCGGUCGCCAUCGAGCAAACACACUGGGAAACAUCCUGUAGGACGGACGAGCUGCAGCCAGCCACUUCGAAUCAACUGCUCGCUUCAUCAGGUUGA